AGCGACGCCGGGAAAUGCCCACAUCCGGGAAACCUGCAGCGGAGUGCGGCGGCGGCGACACUGAGUGGAAGGCAAAAUGGCGGCGACGGCGGUGGCCUGGUGUUAAGGGGAGAGCCAGGUCCUCGCGACCCCAGCGACGGGCCGCGCUGGCCCGCGGCAGCCCCCCGCUCCUCUCCCCGCUCUGCCCCACCAGGGAUACUUGGGGUUGCUGGGACGGGCUCCGGCCGCCUCAGCGUCCGCCCUCAGGCCCGUGACCGCUGUCCAGGAGCUCUGCUCUCCCCUUCAGUUAAUUAUUUAUAUCCUAAAGAAUUUUAACAGUCCUGGGGACUUCCUUGAAGGAUCAUUUUCACUUUUGCUCAGAAGAAAGCUCUGGAUCUAUCAAAUAAAGAAGUCCUUCGUGUGGGCUACAUAUAUAGAUGUUUUCAUGAAGAGGAGUGAAAAGCCAGAAGGAUAUAGACAAAUGAGGCCUAAGACCUUUCCUGCCAGUAACUAUACUGGCAGUAGCCGACAAAUGUUACAAGAAAUUCGGGAAUCCCUUAGGAAUUUAUCUAAACCAUCUGAUGCUGCUAAGGCUGAGCAUAACAUGAAUAAAAUGUCAACCGAAGAUCCUCGACAAGUCAGAAAUCCACCCAAAUUUGGGACGCAUCAUAAAGCCUUGCAGGAAAUUCGAAACUCUCUGCUUCCAUUUGCAAAUGAAACAAAUUCUCCUCGGAGUACUUCAGAAGUUAAUCCACAAAUGCUUCAAGACUUGCAAGCUGCUGGAUUUGAUGAGGAUAUGGUUAUACAAGCUCUUCAGAAAACUAACAACAGAAGUAUAGAAGCAGCAAUUGAAUUCAUUAGUAAAAUGAGUUACCAAGAUCCUCGACGAGAGCAGAUGGCUGCAGCAGCUGCCAGACCUAUUAAUGCCAGCAUGAAACCAGGGAAUGUGCAACAAUCAGUUAACCGCAAACAGAGCUGGAAAGGUUCUAAAGAAUCCUUAGUUCCUCAGAGGCAUGGCCCACCACUAGGAGAAAGUGUGGCCUAUCAUUCUGAGAGUCCCAACUCACAGACAGAUGUAGGAAGACCUUUGUCUGGAUCUGGUAUAUCAGCAUUUGUUCAAGCUCACCCUAGCAACGGACAGAGAGUGAACCCCCCACCACCACCUCAAGUAAGGAGUGUUACUCCUCCACCACCUCCAAGAGGCCAGACUCCCCCUCCAAGAGGUACAACUCCACCUCCCCCUUCAUGGGAACCAAACUCUCAAACAAAGCGCUAUUCUGGAAACAUGGAAUACGUAAUCUCCCGAAUCUCUCCUGUCCCACCUGGGGCAUGGCAAGAGGGCUAUCCUCCACCACCUCUCAACACUUCCCCCAUGAAUCCUCCUAAUCAGGGACAGAGAGGCAUUAGUUCUGUUCCUGUUGGCAGACAACCAAUCAUCAUGCAGAGUUCUAGCAAAUUUAACUUUCCAUCAGGGAGACCUGGAAUGCAGAAUGGUACUGGACAAACUGAGUUCAUGAUACACCAAAAUGUUGUCCCUGCUGGCACUGUGAAUCGGCAGCCACCACCUCCAUAUCCUCUGACCGCAGCUAAUGGACAAAGCCCUUCUGCUUUACAAACAGGGGGAUCGGCUGCUCCUUCGUCAUAUACAAAUGGAAAUAUUCCUCAGUCUAUGAUGGUGCCAAACAGAAAUAGUCAUAACAUGGAACUAUAUAACAUUAAUGUACCUGGACUGCAAACAAACUGGCCUCAGUCAUCUUCUGCUCCAGCCCAGUCAUCCCCGAGCAGUGGGCAUGAAAUCCCUACAUGGCAACCUAACAUACCAGUGAGGUCAAAUUCUUUUAAUAACCCAUUAGGAAAUAGAGCAAGUCACUCUGCUAAUUCUCAGGCUUCCGCUACAACAGUCACUGCAAUUACACCAGCCCCUAUUCAACAGCCUGUGAAAAGUAUGCGUGUAUUAAAACCAGAGCUACAGACUGCUUUAGCACCUACACACCCUUCUUGGAUACCACAGCCAAUUCAAACUGUUCAACCCAGUCCUUUUCCUGAGGGAACCGCUUCAAAUGUGACUGUGAUGCCACCUGUUGCUGAAGCUCCAAACUAUCAAGGACCACCACCACCCUACCCAAAACAUCUGCUGCACCAAAACCCAUCUGUUCCUCCAUACGAAUCAAUCAGUAAACCUAGCAAAGAGGAUCAGCCAAGCUUGCCCAAGGAAGAUGAGAGUGAAAAGAGUUAUGAAAAUGUUGAUAGUGGGGAUAAAGAAAAGAAACAGAUUACAACUUCACCCAUUACUGUUAGGAAAAACAAGAAAGAUGAAGAGCGAAGGGAAUCUCGUAUUCAAAGUUAUUCUCCUCAAGCAUUUAAAUUCUUUAUGGAGCAACAUGUAGAAAAUGUACUCAAAUCUCAUCAGCAGCGUCUACAUCGUAAAAAACAAUUAGAGAAUGAAAUGAUGCGGGUUGGAUUAUCUCAAGAUGCCCAGGAUCAAAUGAGAAAGAUGCUUUGCCAAAAAGAAUCUAAUUACAUCCGUCUUAAAAGGGCUAAAAUGGACAAGUCUAUGUUUGUGAAGAUAAAGACACUAGGAAUAGGAGCAUUUGGUGAAGUCUGUCUAGCAAGAAAAGUAGAUACUAAGGCUUUGUAUGCAACAAAAACUCUUCGAAAGAAAGAUGUUCUUCUUCGAAAUCAAGUCGCUCAUGUUAAAGCUGAGAGAGAUAUCCUGGCUGAAGCUGACAAUGAAUGGGUAGUUCGUCUAUAUUAUUCAUUCCAAGAUAAAGACAAUUUAUACUUUGUAAUGGACUACAUUCCUGGGGGUGAUAUGAUGAGCCUAUUAAUUAGAAUGGGCAUCUUUCCAGAAAAUCUGGCACGAUUCUACAUAGCAGAACUUACCUGUGCAGUUGAAAGUGUUCAUAAAAUGGGUUUUAUUCAUAGAGAUAUUAAACCUGAUAAUAUUUUGAUUGAUCGUGAUGGUCAUAUUAAAUUGACUGACUUUGGCCUCUGCACUGGCUUCAGAUGGACACACGAUUCUAAGUACUAUCAGAGUGGUGACCAUCCACGGCAAGAUAGCAUGGAUUUCAGUAAUGAAUGGGGGGAUCCCUCAAGCUGUCGAUGUGGAGACAGACUGAAGCCAUUAGAGCGGAGAGCUGCACGCCAGCACCAGCGAUGUCUAGCACAUUCUUUGGUUGGGACUCCCAAUUAUAUUGCACCUGAAGUGUUGCUACGAACAGGAUACACACAGUUAUGUGAUUGGUGGAGUGUUGGUGUUAUUCUUUUUGAAAUGUUGGUGGGACAACCUCCUUUCUUGGCACAAACACCAUUAGAAACACAAAUGAAGGUUAUCAACUGGCAAACAUCUCUUCACAUUCCACCACAAGCUAAACUCAGUCCUGAAGCUUCUGAUCUUAUUAUUAAACUUUGCCGAGGACCCGAAGAUCGCUUAGGCAAGAAUGGUGCUGAUGAAAUAAAAGCUCAUCCAUUUUUUAAAACAAUUGAUUUCUCCAGUGACCUGAGACAGCAAUCUGCUUCAUACAUUCCUAAAAUCACACACCCAACAGAUACAUCAAAUUUUGAUCCUGUUGAUCCUGAUAAAUUAUGGAGUGAUGAUAACGAGGAAGAAAAUGUAAAUGACACUCUCAAUGGAUGGUAUAAAAAUGGAAAGCAUCCUGAACAUGCAUUCUAUGAAUUUACCUUCCGAAGGUUUUUUGAUGACAAUGGCUACCCAUAUAAUUAUCCGAAGCCUAUUGAAUAUGAAUACAUUAAUUCACAAGGCUCAGAGCAGCAGUCGGAUGAAGAUGAUCAAAACACAGGCUCAGAGAUUAAAAAUCGCGAUCUAGUAUAUGUUUAACACACUAGUAAAUAAAUGUAAUGAGGAUUUGCAAAAGGGCCUGAAAUGCGAGGUGUUUUGAGGUUCUGAGAGUAAAAUUAUGCAAAUAUGACAGAGCUAUAUAUGUGUGCUCUGUGUACAAUAUUUUAUUUUCCUAAAUUAUGGGAAAUCCUUUUAAAAUGUUAAUUUAUUCCAGCCGUCUAAAUCAGUAUUUAGAAAAAAAUUGUUAUAAGGAAAGUAAAUUAUGAACUGAAUAUUAUAGUCAGUUCUUGGUACUUAAAGUACUUAAAAUAAGUAGUGCUUUGUUUAAAAGGAGAAACCUAGUAUCUAUUUGUAUAUAUGCUAAAUAAUUUUAAAAGACAAGAGUUUUUGAAAUUUUUUUGAAAGACAGUUUUAGUUUUAUCUUGCUUUAACCAAAUAUGAAACAUACCCCGUAUUUACAGAGCUCUUUUUUCCCCUCAUAACCUUCUUUUUGGUACAAAAUAAGCUAGAGAAAUUAAGCCAUCGUGUUGGUGAGUGUUCCUAGGCUAAUGAUAAUCUGUAUAAGUCACAUCCUGAAACUAAGGAAUACAGGGUUGAAAAAAUAUUAAUAUGUUUGUCAGAAGGAAAAAUACAUUUAUCUUCCCCCCGCACCACCCCGUGGAAUAUUUAAUCUAUUUAAUCUUCUUGCAUUUAUUUCUCAAGAAUUACUGGCUUUAAAAGAAGCCAAAGCACUACUAGCUUUUUUUCCAUAUUGGUAUUUUUGAUGCUGCUUCCAAUUUUAAAAGGGAACAAAGCUUCCAUAAAUCAAAAUUUUCAAUACUAAAAGCUAAAAUAUUUCUCACUGUCCUAAGCAGAGAAUUAUUUUCAUUUUCAUAUACUUUUCCUGUGUAGUAACUAUUUUGAUUAUAUCAUCAAUGUUACCUGUUUCCUCUUUCAGAACAGUGCUGCAUAUACAGAUUGUUAUUGGCAAAGGAAAAUCUGGCUAUCUGGCAAUAUUUUACCUAAGGGCAGAUUAAUUGGUGAAAAAAUUAACUCUUAAGAUGGCCAUUAAUAAUUAGGAAAGUUUACAGAGUGGUCUUAGUAGAAAAUUCAAGUCCUCCUAAUUUAUUUAAGGUUAAAUAAUGUGUUCAACACGCCUAUUACGUAUAAUGCUUAGGUUCUAAGGAAGAUUAAGGUUUCAUACCAAAAUACAUGUAGCUUAUCUUUUAGGAAGGGGAAAAAGGCUCUAUUUUGACCGUAGUAAAAUUUUUAUUGUAUUUUAUUUCCUUUUCUUAUUAAGCUCCACGGAUAAGGGAUUGUUUUUAUCAAAAGUUACUAUUUGUGGAUUGGAGGCAUAAUUUUAAUGAUUUUCAUACUUUUAGCUUUCUUCGCAUAAAAGCUAAUUGAAACUGUAUGUGUAGUAAAAUUAAAGGCAGAGAUGUUGCAGUUGAAUUGGAGAGUCAGGGCAAAGAACACUUAUUAGCCCACAUUUCCCACCUUUCUAGAGGUGGUCCUUUCAGAGCUCAGCCUGAAAACCUACUACUGUGUUAUCGUGGGUCUUUUGGGGUUAGUGAUUCUUUUGAGAAUCUGAAGGAAGCUGUGGACUCUUCCCAGAAAAAAAAAAAAAACAUCAACACAUACACAUACAAUGUUGCAUGCAGUUUCAAGGGAUUUUGGACAUAUUGAAACCUAUCACAGGCUCUAGGUUAUGGACCUCUGUCCCAUGAGAAAAUUGAUACAUUAAGCCUAAGAACUUUGUUUUUAACUUACCAGUCACUACUCAGCACAUCUUAUAUAAGCUGAUAAUUUGUGAUGGAAAAGGUCUGUAGCAUGUGAUAUAAGGUGACCCUAUCAAUGCCUUUCUUGCUAACAUUAAGUCGUUUUAAAUAUAUCAUUUGGAGUGGACUGAAAUGUUGGGCUCAUUACAAGCUUGAUACAGAAAUAUUUCUGAAGGAUUUGUAAUCAGAAUUGUAAGACAAUGUACUAUGAUGAAAUGGCAGUCUUCACCUCAUGGUUCAUGGAACAUUUGGUUAGUCCCAUAGAAUCCUAUGCAAAACAAAGUAGUUCAAGAAUUUUUAGGUGGGUACUGACAUUUAUAAGGUGUUCCUCUUACUCUUUGGGCUUUUUCAGUCUGAUUAUUUAAAUUUUCAUUUAGUUGUUUUACUUUUGGACUAAGGUGCAAUACAGUAGAAAAUAACUUUGUUACAUUUAUGUUGUAGGAAAACUAAGGUGCUGUCUCCUCCGCCUUCCCUUCCCACAAAAUCUGUAUUCCCCCUAUUGCUGAAAUGUAACAGACACUACAAAUUUUGUAUUCUUUUUUUGCUUUUUGUUUUGAGACAGGGUCUCACUCUAUCACCCAGACUGGAGGGUAGCGGCGCUUCACAGCUCACUGCAUCCUCAACCUUGGGGGCUCCGCAGUCCUCCCACCUCAGCCUCCCAAGUAGCUGGGCAUGCGCCACCAAGCCCAGCUAAUUUUUGUAUCUUUAGUAGAGAUGGAGUUUCACCAUGUUGCCCAGGUUGGUGUGAAAUUCCUGGGCUCCAGUUAUAUGCCCACCUCAGCCUCCCAAAGUGCUGGGAUUACAGACGUGAGCCACCACGCCUGGUGCAAAUAUGUAUUCUUUUAAAAUUUCCUCUGAUACUAUAAGCCUUUUGCAUUUAUCUGAAGCAGUAUACAUGCCUUUGGUAUCAGCAAUUUUAACAGUUUGGAUAUACUUAUCGGCUAUCUUAUUCCAAAACUACAUCUGCUUCUUCCAGUAUAGAAUCUGGUGCUUCCUGACCAAAAAGAUGAGAAAAACAAUGUUAAAAAUAUAGAUGCUUUCCAUUGAAAUGGAGUGAAAACAUUGGUUCUAUAUGUUUUCUUUUAAAAUAAUUUUCUUAUUAAAAACUUGCUGUCUUUAUUAUACUUACCCUUUUUAUGCAUAUCAAUAGUAUUUAUAAGAUGUGUUCUAUAAUUAUGUAAUUGUAGAUACUGUUAUGUAUUGUCCAGUGAUAUCAUAAGGCAGGCCCUACUGCUGUAUCUUUUCUACCUUCUUAUUUGUAAUAGAAACUAUAGAAUGUAUGACUAAAAAGUCACUUUGAGAUUGACUUUUUAAAAAAGUUAUUACCUUCUGCUGUUGCAAAGUGCAAAACUGUGAGUGGAAUUGUUUUAUUCUGACUUAAUGUGUUAGAAAUUAGAGAAUACAGUGGGAGGAUUUUUAGACAUUGCUGCUGCUGUUACCCAAGGUAUUUUAGAUAAAAAAAUUUUAAUAAACAUCCCUUUGGUAUUUAAAGUGGAACAUUUAGCCUGUUCAUUUUAAUCUAAAGCAAAAAGUAAUUUGGGUCAAAAUAUUGGUAUAUUUGUAAAGCGCCUUAAUAUAUCCCUUUGUGGAAGGCACUACACAGUUUACUUUUAUAUUGUAUUGUGUAUAUAAGUAUUUUGUAUUAAAAUUGAAUCAGUGGCAACUUUAAAGUUUUAUAAAAUCAUGCUUUGUUAGAAAAGGAAUUACAGCUUUGCAAUAUAACUAAUUGUUUCACGUAAUUCUGAAUGUAAUAGAUACGAAUAAUCAGCCUGUGUUUUUAAUGAACUUAUUUGUAUUUUCCCAAUCAUUUUCUCUAGUGUAAUGUUUGCUGGGAUAAUAAAAAAAAAUUUAAAUGUUUCAA